GGCAUAGCUCCAGUGUCAUGUCUCAGAACGUCUCUCCUUCAUCCAGCUUAGAAAUUGUGUGCGGCGUAAUCUUAUCGUGUAGGAAAUUGUGUGCGGCGUAAUCUUAUCGUGUAGUUUGAAAGGUUAAGAGUAGCCACAGUGGAUUUACCACUAACAGUUGUUCUUAAUCAUGCAGGAAAUGAACAGGAACAGUGAAGAUAAUUCAGAUAUCUGGCAUCUUCGCAAAGAAUAUCAAGACGCCUCUAAAGCCAUGAGGAGCAGAAAGAUUAGUUGUGAUAAUGAUAAAUUGCCGAGGUAAGUUCAAAGUUAGAACGUACAAGUAUUUUAUCAGAACAUUUUUUUGGAGCCCUUACGAAAUUUCUGGUUAAAGCUCUUGCAAAAUUUGAUUCAGUGUUACUGAAGGAUACCUAAAUUAGGUUAGUAAUUUUACUGGUUAGUUCUAUCAGUUCUAAACUAUUCUCUGAAGAGAUCUAGUAAAGGCCUUCGCUUAUUUUCCCGGUGUUGCCAUACAAAAAAAUUAUUUUCCAGAGAAAAGCUGUCAAGGUGAAAACCCUAUUAAUUCUCACAUGCGACAGAAGUGAAAUUUUUGCAGGAAUCGAAUCCCAAUCGUAUAUAUACUAUAGAUGAAAGGCAAAUGCAGUAACCACUUUGCCACAAUCUAUAUUAGCCUAUAAGAACGAACUAUCUGAGGUUUUCGUUAAAAUCGAAAAUAUGUGUAGUCUUUGCAUCACAAAUGAACCGAAAUUCCGAAAGUGUCAACAUUACGUAUUUCUUGGUGUUCACGAGGUAUUUCGGCGUAAACAGUUUGUUUGGCAUGCCUGUUCUAAUUAAGUUGAGCAACGAUUAUUAAUCCUCUAGAAUAACAGUAAUAAGCCCCAUAUGACACGACCUUCUUUACCCCCAGUGCUUUCAUUAAUCUUUUCUAUCCGUCCCACACUGGUUAUACCGUCACACACCUCUGUGACUGGGAUUCCAUUUCUGCAAAGUAUAGAAGUGUGAGAUUGACUCUACCAAGCCCCGCAUGAGGUGUUCCGGGUACUUAGGUUUCCUCCUGUAGUUUCAGCCUUUUACUUGACCUAUAGAGAGAACAGUUUAGAAUUGAUAGAGCUAUCCAGUAUAAACAAAGUUCAUUUAGUUCAGGUUUCCUCCUGUACUAACACUGGAUCAAUAAUGGAAGGCCUUUUAGCUGACCUCUAUAGGGAGAACAGUUUAGAAUUGAUAGAGCUAUCCAGUAUAAAUAAAGUUCGUUUAGUUUAGGUUUCCUCCUGUGCUAACACUGGAUCAAUAAUGGAAGGCCCUUUACCUGACCUCUAUAUAGGGAGAACAGUUUAGAAUUGAUAGAGCUAUCUAGUAUAAAUAAAGUUAGGUUAGGCUUCCUCCUGUAGUUUAACAGUGAAUCAAUAAGAGAUGACUUUCUAACUGGAGCUUCAGAGAGAACAGUUUAAUUAGAACUGAUAGAGUUAUCAAGUAUCAAUAAAAUUAGUUUAGUUUAAGUUUCCACCUGUGAUAAGACUGAACCAAUACGAGAUGACUCUAACUGGACCUCCAGAAAAACAAGUUAGAACUGGUAGAGCUAUCCAGCAGCAUAAGUAAAGUUAGUUUCAUUUAGGUUUCCUCCUCAAGAAAUUUAGUAGGAUUAAAUCGUACUACUCGUAAGAUUAUUGGACGUCUAACUCUCUGACGAAAAGAUGACGAAAACAUACCCUAAGGCUUUAUACUGAAUAAAAACUUCAUUGCGGAAACUAACUCGCCUGCAGGGCUUUUUUAUACCAAUAUUAAACCACAGUCACGAAGAAGAAAGUUAGUAGGAUUAAUUCAUACUAGUGAGAUUAUUGGACUAACUCUCUGACGAAAAGAUGACGAAAGCAUACCCUAAGGCUUUAUAACAAACGUACUUGCAGGGAGGUGAGUCCGGGAUUGGACGCACCGAGGGUGGCUGGAAGUUUCCCGAACUUACCGAGCGAAGCGAGGUGAGUUCGGGAAACUUCCAGCCACCCGAGGUGCGUCCAAUCCCGGACUCACCGAACCUGCAAGUACGUUUGGUUUUUAUCCCAUACACCGAGCCAUACACACAUUUGUAGCUCUUCGCGAUAUAUUCGUCGAUGUUUUGUGAACAUUUUCCCGGCCAAAAAAAUCACUGAGCAAGAAAAUACUUCUUAAUCUACGUCUACAUUACCUUUACUGCAUUUUUUCUUUGGUUUUUCUUCAUUCUCAGUAUGUUAGUCACCGAAAAAAGUUCUUUAAAGUUUAGGUUUAUUGGCUAAAUCUUGUCCGCCAUAUUUGUUAUUGUUAUUGCAACGUAAGCAGUUUAGCGGGUGAGUUCGGGCGAAAAGCAGGUGAGUUCGGCAAAAAGCAGGUGAGCUCGACGACAAGCUCACCUGCUCUAAACCAAUCAGAAAGCCGCUUUUAACACAGGUAUGGGAUAAUAUAUUGAACAAAGACUGAACUACGGAAACUAACCCGCCUGUCACGAACAUACCCAGUUAAUUAACCAGUUUAAAAAAUAAUUCCGGAAUAAGUGUAUGGUUCUGGACCAAUAUUGAAUUGAUGUGAAGCGUGUACUUUUAUGCAAAAUUUUUAAUUAUGUUGAUAAAUUUAUUCAAUCAUUUAAUUUUGUAUGAUACCUCGAACUUGUGGGUCCAGUAUUAUUCAAUAAGUUGCCGUGGUUUGUGCCUGAACUACCUGAAAAUAUCUCAAACGUUGGGGGUCCAGCGUAGGCUAGACUACGUGAAAAUAUCUCGAGAGUGCUUGGGGGUCCAUUGUAGGUGAUAUUCUGUAAUAAGACUGAUCUACUUAAAAAGUAUUUUUAAUUUGUUCAAGUAUUUUAGACUCCAAACCACGCGGUAGGACUAUAUCAAAGUUUCCUUUAUCAAAGUACAGUUUAGUUUAGUCUUAAGUGUGUCAAUUGAAAAAUUAAUCGUGAGGUUUAGACUUGACUUCCGCUACUCUUUAAGUACGCAUGUGAUUGGUUAAUCGGGUAGAUUAAACGCAUCUGAUUGGCUAAUGGUCUCUUAAUGGUAUAGCGGUAGUGCAUGGGAGUGGAAAUCAAUCCUAAACCUCACUAAUAAGACAAUUGCGCAAGAUGAUGUCAUGAGGAGGCCCUUCCGACGGCCCUUCGAAGUUCUGUCGGAAUGUCGGGACGUUCCUUCGGGACGUCGAAGUUUUGCUUGUAUUUUUUAGGUAGUUGUAUCCCUCUGAAUCCGCAAAUGUGUUGUUAUCGUAGCUACCUAUUGAUCACCUCCUAUUAUCGGAUCAAAACUAGUUGAUUAAUUAUUCCCUCCGCAUGUAAUCUCUUGCCCUCAGUAUAUAUUACAUUUUUUAUUCAUAAAGCGUAGGUGGCAACAAUCGCGGCUACAUUUCCGUACUUAGCACAUCACUAGUAUUUAAAUUCAGCUUCCUUUCUUUAUAUGCAGCUGUAACAAGCUGAACACACAAGUUGAAGAAACUUCAAGUAUGAAAACCACGGUAGACACUACGCCUCGACUGCGAAGGCCCGGUUUGGUACACCGCAAGACCGACCCUUGUCCAAUGACGGAAUUUGUGCGAAAUAACUGGAACGAAGAAGACGCUAAUGGGGGGAAUUUGGGGAGAAAUGUCGAAGAGAAGAAGCAUGCUACGAUUUCUGAAGAUGAUGGAGUUGACAUGUUUGAUUUAAAGAAGAAUAUUCCUAAUGAGGAACCGUUUCUUGUAAGUAAACAGUUCGCUUGUAAAGCUGCAAUUUACCCCCAAUAGAUCACACUUGAUACUUUGUUAGUUUACUUUACCUAACGCAAGAUGAUUUUACUCGUCAGGGGGAAUUAUGCUGGGCAUAGCGGGUCAACCAUGACUAUCUGCCCAUGUCUCUCGUUAUUGUACUCUUUGUUAUUUUACUUUGUCUAAUGCCAGACAAUUUCAUUUGUUCGAGUCGGAACCGUAUAGUGACAGAGAUGAAACUCACAUAAACUAACAACUGGACCAAAAACUCGCACUUUAUUUAUCAUCAAUAUUUACUAUAUUUUAGGGUUUAAAGAGUUAACAUGAUAAAUCAUUAUAGCAACACGCAAUGUUUGUAAGGUUUAAACGAGUUAACAUUGAUAAUUCAUUGAACUAAUACGAUAUUUUUAAACAUUGAAUAUUAAAUAUGCAUGCAGAAAAUUUUGAAUGCCAUUCGAAAACAUCGAUCUUUAUCUUGAAUUAUGGAAGAAAAAAUUACAGCUUGAGUAUAAAGAAUAAAUUAAACGCCCUUUGGAUAGAAAGCCCUUUAGGCAGAAAGCCCUUUAGGUAGAAAGCCCUUUAGAUAGCUAAAUAUGGUGAGACAACUUGGAAAAAAAUGCGCCCCACUGUUAUUCACGCCCAUAUCGAAACUGUAUCGAUUAAACUUUAAGGGUUUGUUUUUAUCAACAGAAGUACACUUUCUAUAGCGAGGUGUGUUUUGUAACAGCAUGUUGCACUAUUAAAACCAACGCCUUCUCUCCAUGUUAAGGUUAAUGAUAGGGCGCUAAAUUACCAGAAACAAUUUUGGGGGUGGGAAUUGGUAAGUGCCUUUGUGAAUGUUGCAUAACUUUACAGAAUUAUGUGUUUCCCUAGCUUUGUUUUCAAUGUCGUAUUGGUGAGAUUCAGUAUGUGCUAAGGGGCAAUAGAUUGUAAUCAUGGCAACCUCAGAAUUGUUGACUUUUAUAGGAGCAAGAGCAGGGACGCCGGAACGAUGUGAAGGCAAUGGAAGCAGAUUUUCGUGAAAGGGCACUUUUGAAUUGAUAUAUACUAAGAGAUGUUUGCGAAACAUCGGGAGUUGAACUUCGCCUAAUCAUGUUUUCUAUUGAUUGGAUGAUAGGUGUGUGAGGGGGUUCUCCGCCAGGCGAUUGUGCUAUUCUUGAAGCUCGAUGACUGCAUUUCUUGCGUUUUCUGAAGCAAAUUCGUAAAAUAAUUGCACUAACAUUUCUUUAACACCCCGUUCCGGCGUCCCUGAGCAAGAGAACACAUCUCUCAAUUGUAUUUAUUUGCCACUAAGGCUAUAAUAAAUUUAAAUGACAAGAAAAUAAACAAUAUUCUCUCUCACUCUGCAUGAUAAUUGCAAUUGACCACUGUCGGCUACAUGAGAGUACUUUCAGACCGGAGAACAAAAUAUCUGUAAAAAAUACUAUCCGUAAAAAAUAAUUGAUUUCAAAUAUAAUUGGGGAAAGUAAUAUACUUGAUUGCCUUCCAUAGAAGCGUGAGUUAGCCAGGAACCAAAGCCAAUACGAGCCACGUUUAUAUAAGAACUGAAUAUUUCAUUAAUUAAGUUAUAAAGUUGCGUGAGGUUUAAAUAUACUUGAACUGAUAUUAUUGCCAAUUGGCUAUGAGAGUGUUAGAUUUUCUGUAUGGAUUGCACUUUUUAUAUUUCCGGAAAGUAACUGAUUGGACAUGAAAUUUGGCUUAAUUAAGCAGGUUGAAUUAAGCAGGUUGGCUUAAUUAAUACUGUCAAAACUAUCUGUGACACUCUAUUAAAACAUUUCUCUGUGGCUUUUUUUACCAUUAGGCCGGAAUAAUUUACUUGUUUUCCCCCCACCUCCCUCCGCGUCCUCCCAAACAAUAUUGGACGUAUUUUACAGUUGCUUUAUCCGCACUCUGGGAAUGCAAUCAACAUUGAAUGGUGGGGGUAAGGGGGAGGUUUUUCUAAUUUGCGAUAAUCUAACGAAAUUUUGUCAAAUAAUUGGAAGUGUCGCAGAUAUUUUGUCCAGGAUAAAUUGUAGCUUAAUUAGUUGUUUAUCAAGAAUUUUGGAGCAUAAUUAUUAUUGAACUACAACUAAACUCACUUCAUUUAUAGGGACACUAUAGCCCUAUCCCCACUUGAGAUUUAAGCAUCCCUUGUUGGCUACUGUACAGGAGGAAACUGAUAAUGAAGUAAUAUUAAUAAUAAAACUUUAUUUCAAGAGGGUGAGAUUAUAUACUUACAUUAUUAAUAUUACCUUAACGGUAUUCUACCUAAUGACCCUCAACAACUCAAGACGUUUCAUAUUAAUAUAAAAUUAGAAUUCGUAGCAACGACAUUUUACAAGCCGCUUGCCAGUGUAACAAUUAGAGAAUCUGUUCACAUGGUUUACGGUAUAAUUUAUAUUUUGUCUUGUAAUGUUUUGGUGGGCCGACUUAGUAAGGGACAUAUAUGUUCUGUUGUCCUUACAAUCGAUCUUUAUAUAUGAUUGUUAAGCAAUUAAAAAAAUAAUAAAUAAAAAUGUCCUUUAGUUUUGUUUUAAACAAUCCGAAUGAAAUAUCAAUAUUCUUCAACUCAUAGGUAAAGGUUGACGAGCAUUGCACCACUAUAAGAUAUUUUAGACUUAGCUCACUGUUUUGGCCAGAGGAAUCUUAAGAUCAGUGUCGGUCGACCUGGUGUCUACACCAUGGGAAUCCCGCAAGAAAGCAAAUAAAACAAACAAUUCUUGUGGCCAAGCUAGAUAAUUUUAGAGUAUUAAAUACCAGGGGGAGGGACUGGGGUUGUUUUUUCGAAAGUUGAUUAGCCUGACCGUAGGUUAACCUAAAGUUCCAUGCAAACUUCCUGACAGCUUGUCUAUACAUUUGGAAAUAUUUCUUCACAAAUUUUGUCUGGAUCGAUAGAAGUUUACUUCUCUAGUGAAGUUUUGAAAUAAACAGACGUGCAGCAAUACACAAACCAAAACAGCGGGUUAAACUUCAACUGGCACCAGUAUAGGAUAAUUUUUCUCAUUUUUAUAAUAUUAUGAAUAGGUAUCCAUUUCAAUUGACAAAAUAAUUCAGUAGAAGGGUUUUAUCAUUUAGCGGCCUUUUUUGUGCCCACUAACCGUAGAUAUCUAUGCCACUAACUUGUUCUAAUUAGAUAAUAAUUAGAAGCCAAAUAUAAUAAGAAGCCAAACCAUAUGAGUUAAACUCUUCUAAUAUUUCACUGAUGUUUUGUGCAGAUUUCGUCCUAUGACUUGGCCAAGAGAAGACUUAGUCUACCUAUAUCAACAUUAUCGACAGUAGAGCAAAUUUGGAAUGGUAGUAUUAAUAUGAUGUUUGAAGAUUCGGACGACACCGACAACGUUAGUGUGGAAACUCCCAUCAAGGUUAGUCCAGUUAACACCACAUAUAAAUACAGUUCAGUGGGUUUGUCCGGAAAUAUGCCUACCUGCGAACAGGCAUAAUGUGAAGACGAGAUUGCUCGAGCCUGUGAUCAGUUUUACAGUAGUUCAGCGGUAAUGAAAGAUUUUUAUGUCGGUACCUCAUUUUGUGUCAAUGUUAAUUUACUAUGAUUCAGAUAGUAUAAAGAUUAUUAAAGGGAAAUGGCAAUAUAAAUUUUUAUUUUCUCAUUUGAAAGAACUUUUGAAACUAUAUAUUAAAUUCUUUUACCGUUUUUUUCAUAUCUUGCUUAGUUCUUGAAAUAUUUUCACUUGAAGUAAUGAAAUGGCCGCCAUCUUGGAUAAAUUUUUGAUCUCAUUAAGGUUACAGAACACCUUUGAGUGUUAAUUUUGCCUAAAAUUUUUUUAUUGGUUUCAAUGAAAGCAUUAGACUAGUUCUACUAUCUGACCAGGUUUGAACGAAAAAUGUUGAAAACUCGCAGAGUUAUUUAAUAAAAUACAUUUCGCUGCAUAAAAUACAUUCCUACAAGAAAAACAUUGAAAAUGUAAUAUUCAAAUUCAAUUUUCUCACGAAAAAUUUUACGGUAAUUACUGAUUUUCAAACGAGUUGUGCUCCUGCGGGUUUUAACCAAUUUUUCUCAAAUUUUCACAGGACAUAGCUAAAUACGUCAGUUUCAAAAUUGUGUUUUUUUUUAAUUUUGGAUAUUUAAAAAAUAAAGAACAAUUCACUCAAGAAAGCUCACUCAAGAAAGGUACAGGAGAGGCAAGGUACAGGAAAUUUAAAUAUAAUUUUAAAGGAAAGGCAAGCCUUACCAUUUGUUUUCCCAUAUAUUUCGACUGGAGUUUGCGAAAUAUAACCUCAAUUACACAUGCAGGCCUCAUAGGCCCUUGUGUAAUUGGAAUUUUGGUGACGUCACAACAGGGAUUAACCAUAUAAAAGUGUUCGUUGCUGACCAAAUACUGAUUGGCAGAUGUUUUAAGUAAUGUUUACAACAUGAGCGGCCGUGUUGUAUCAGAUAAAACGACUCAGGUUAUGAGUUCAUUGGCGAAGUAAUUUUAAAAAUAAACGUUGUCUAAGCCGAGAAAAUCAAAGUUAAAGUUUAUGUAAAUCAACAUGAAUCUGUAUCACAUAUACAGAUACGACACGCUUAUGAUUUUUCUUUAUGUUUUCUUCAUGAAUUAUUAAUGAGUUUUUUAAAGGUUUUGAGUGAUCUUGAUAUUUCGAAGGGCAGACAGAGUAUAGUUUUGAGUGCAAAAUGAUUAGUGUUUGUCUAGAUAAAAAUAUUGCGUGACUCCUGUUGUGACGUGACAUGCAUAUCUACAAAAAUUGAAGAUGGCGGACAUUUCCUUCCUUUCAAUCAAAAUAUUUGUAGAAGUAAGCAAGAUAUGAAACAACAGUAAAAGAGUAUUAUAUAUAGUUCUUUCGAAUGAGAAAGUAAAAAAUAUAUUGCUAUUUCUCUUUAAAUUUCUUAGUAAUGAUUGGUUCUAAGUUUUUGCUUCCUCGAUCUAAAAUAAGGUUUAUGAACCUGCCAUCGUGAACCUGCCAUCAUUUUACAUUUAUGCAAUAGAGAGCUUGGCAGCCAACAACGGCAGUUCAAACAAAGUUAUUUUUGUAUGCGAGCCAAAGCAUGCAUUCCUAAACUUUAUUUUCGUCUUAAAGGUACUUAAAACAGCACUUUAAAAAGCAACCCUAAAGUACCCAUAGUCAGUGAAUUCACAUAAAACACACCACAACCGACACAAAGCUUUGAACGUUUUAACUGUUGGCGUGGUUAUGAGCAGUGAAAAUGAUGUAAAUAUUUACGUAGCAGUUUCAACAACGCAACUACGGCAAUAUAUACGGCGUACUAGAACGCUCAAGGGAAUAUAAUUUAUAGUCGUCUUUGUCUUAGAGCAAAAUUCCAUUGAUGAUCACGUCUUUAUACUGACCUUGCCGUUGUUUUGCCAAAUUCACCAAGGGCUCUUCAUAUGGGCAGUAGCCGGAAUGAAUCGUGUCACGAAAUUUUUCCUGACUAUAAGAGAUGGUUUGAAUGAACUUUAUACUAUAUGCUUGUGAUGUUACUCUGAGUGUAUAUCCACACCGGGCAAGCUUGAAAAAUAUGCCUGACCACGGUGGGAAUCGAACCUACGACCUUUGGAAUACUAGCCCGGUACUAUGCCAUCUGAGCUACGCGGUCAUGUCGGUUCGAGUAUGUGAUAUAUUUCGGUUCCUUCUAGUUCCUUCGAUAUCAAUGUAAUCUAAUAAUCAUGAUUUUUUCUGUGUUGGUGUUUUUUCUGUGUAGUAUUCCAAAGGUCGUAGGUUCGAUUCCCACCGUGGUCAGGCAUGUUUUUCAAGCUUGUCCGGUAUGGAUAUACACUCAGAGUAACAUCACAAGCAUCAUAUUCACCUGAGUACAUUACAUGCAACACAGAAAAAAAGAACUUCAUACUGUUACUUGAAUCAAACUAAACUAAUGACCAUUUGCAUUAUAGACUAAAUUUUGAUCUAAAUUUUGUGUCUAGACAAAAAUUUCAUCACAACUUGAAAGAGUAUCACAAAAUUAGUAAUAUUCCAAAGUUUCGUUGCUAAAUGUUGUAAAAUGCGGAUAAUAUAGCCUUGCGAAGUUUGCCGUUUUUCAGUCAUUUUGUAUUGCAAACGGGGAAUUGACUGCCCCAAAGGGUAUUGGACUGUCAAUUUCCCCCCGCGUAAUGCAAAAUGACUGAAAAACGGCAAACUUUGCAAGGCUAUAUUAUCCGCAUUUUACAACAUUUCGCAACGAAAAUUUGGAAUUUUACUAAUUUUGUGAUGCUCUUUCAAACUGUGAUGAAAUUUUUGUCUAGACCUGUUUAGAUCAAAAUUUAGUCUAUAAUGCAAAUGUCCAUUUAACUUUGAAACGUCAUGCAUUUUGGAUGUUUAUCAAAGCCGUGAUAAGAACUUUAUUAAACGAAUCAUCCCGAGUAACAGGGCCAGCCUGGCUCCAUAUGAACAGCCCCUAAUAGGACAUUACAUGUAUUCUUAACAAAUGGACAUAGGAUGGAUAUAUGUAUAAGUUAUCCUCGAGCCGUUAAUUUGGCUCGUGAUAGUUUUAUAUAUUGGCAUGGUGAAGGAGUAUGGAGUCGGAGUGCGGAGUCUGUCAAAAAAUUGUUUAUUUUACCUAAAGAUUCGAUUUUAAUGAGACUCCGCGUUUUCCACUUUAUGCCCCCAUAAAUGUAGCCUGCGAAUACAGACUCUAUUUAUGUCGCUGAUUCCACUGGGGGAAUAAGCGAUAUAAAUAGAGUCUGUAUUCGCAGGCUACCAUAAAUGGAAAACGCGGAGUCUCAUUAAAAUCGAAUCUAGGUAAAAUAAACAAUUUUUUGACUCCGCACCCCGUCUUUCCACCAUGCCCUAUAUAUUGAGAUAUAGCGGAUAUUGAACUGAGGGACUAAACACGCGGAACUAAAAUAUUAAGCUUUUUCGAUAAAUACUGUACAUGUACACAUAAAAAUUACAAAAUAAAACCGCAUUCGCUAGCUCUAGCAUUGUAGAAACAGCUUAUCGUAUUAAGAUAUAUAAACAUAUUUUAAGAAGAUAUACGGUAGACAUAUUUUAAGAAGAUAUACGGUAGACAUAUUUCACACUAACGGGAGGAGGUUAUUUCGCUGGCCUCGAGAGUGACAAAACGUAACAAAGCAAUGGUUUUACUAACACUAACCCUACUCCAAACACCAACCCUAACCCUAACCUAACCCUACUCCAAAUUUGUUUCUAAACUAAUCUUGAAGAAAACAUUUUUGACGAAAUGUCAUUCUGAGGUCAGCGAAAUAGUUGAUGCCGUGCCGCUUAACGCCCCCAAAUAGCUGCCUCUGAUAUGAGCAGUUGACCGCAAGAAAGCAUAAAAGAUUAACUAGAUAUUUUUAGACUGGUGUAUAUAGACUGGUUGAAAGAUACCCUAACUAUAAGCUAUUGCUAUAUAGCCGGCCGGGUCACUUAAAGUGUAUUACACUAACACUAAAAUCGAACAGACCACGUAUGAUCGAUGUUAUGAUUACGUCACGCGUCCUUACGAAUUAAGUUAAUCUGAAAGCUGACCCUACUUGACCUCAAUCGAUGACCUUUCUAAUAUAGAGCUUACAAAUUUCAUAUCUGCUUACAUCAAAGCAACGUAGUUUUCUUUUUUACUAAAAGAAAAAAACUUACUAAAUUUUAAAAUUUAUAUGAAUCCUUACAAAAUGUUCUCAACAAUCUCUUCUUUGGAAUUAUUGACAAAGAGAAGAGAGCCACUUAUAUACCCCCUUUGUCGAUAACAAAAAGUCAUCAAGGACGUCAUUACUCAUUAGGCAUGCCUCAGGAGAUCCGUUUUGAAAUAUCAUCAGUGAAUGUGGACGUGACUGACUCGCCUUUCGGUGGAGUGUUUAUCAGCAAGUCUGACGCAAAUCCGUUUGAAACGACAAUAAUAUAAUACCUACAUUCAAACAGUUCAAGUCAUUCGUGGAGGAACGACUGCUUCAGGAGUAUCUUAAAACGCUAUUGUCGGCUUUCGAAAUUAGUCAAUUGUAUGCAUUAUUUGUUAAAUUAAAUAUCUGGAAAUCUUUGGUAAGUUUACUGUUCACUUGUACUAUAUUUGAAUUUUGAACGUGUUUACUAUUCACUUGAUUAAAAUCUCAAACGGUCGGAGCAGUCUCACCUUGACUGAGGACGACAGCAGGUUUCCUGUUUUACAGUGGAAAACUCUCUGCAUCCAGGGUAUAUGCCUGCGUUGAUGGAUAUACAACUACCUGAACAGUAUAAGCAGAACUUCAACGUUUCGAGGCCCAAAAUUUUUGAAUACUGUUUAGAAUUUUUUUGAAAACACCUGCAUUUGGCAUGGUGUUGAAUGGUGUUGACUUUGAAAUUAAUUAUGUGUGCAGUGUCAUUGACAUUGUUUUGUGAAUUGAUACAUUUAUAUUAUACAUAUUAUUAUACUAUACUACAAGUGUGAUAUUAUUAUACUAUACUACAAGUUCAUUAUAGGUUAAAUAUCUUUUACAGAACUUUUAGCUGAUUUACUACAGGAUUAUAUAGGUAUAAAAUUUGUAGUUAUUAGUUUAAUAUAGUAUCUAAUUGACUAAUUGUAUUUGCCAUGGUAUGCAUAUAGUGUUAAUGUGUUGUGCUGAAGGGUUGUUGUUGACAACAAAUCGUUGACACUGUUGAAUUAAGUAGAAACUUUCAUCUAAUUGCAUGGCUUCAACAUUUGAUCUUUGACUUUUAUAUGGAGCAAAAAUGUGAGGACAAAGACUCAAGUAUAAGGUUUUGACAAUUAUAUGUUUAAGUUGAGACAUGCAGAUAAAUAGCUCAGCAUCUUCACUUUCAUUAUAUAGGCUAUAAUUCAUGUAUUCUAUUAUAUAUCUAUUGAAUAUUAUUUUCUUAUCAGUUCAAUAUAUUAUCGAAUUCCUAUGUCGCUAUACAUGGACUAUAUGAUCAGUACACCCUCUAUUCUUUCCACAGCCAUGCAAAGUGCAUUGUUUGCAUACACUAUAGUGUAUAUCUGAUCGAACAAUCUCGUCUCACUCAGUAUAAUUUAUAAACACAUUCCAAAGCUGAAUCCUAGCCUCCUCCACAAACCACAGGCAUCUCACAUAUAUGGAAGCCGGGCUGGCCCACUUUGCGAGACGGCUCUGUUAGCGGGAUAGAUAGAUAAAUAGAUAGAACUUUUUAUUACACGUUAUAACCAUUGUCAAUUACCUAGGCUGAUUUCCACAAGGGACAUGUACAAUAAUAACAUUGCAAAGAUAUAGUAUGUAUAGUAAGAUAUUACAUACAGUCAACCAUGAAACUUUUUUUCAAGCUAUUUGUACGCGGCUGUGGUAGCAAAGAGUAUACUUUCAACAUCUCGAAGUUAUAAUCUGUCAUUUCACUUUGAAAGUAAAUAAAUCAAUAAGUGAUUUAGGACCCAUUUUAUUCAACAAUUUAAACAUCAGUUUGGACGAAUUUCUCUUUGUUUAUAUGAGAAAAUUUCAUCCCGCUUGCCGGGAGAAUUUAGCCGGCGGUUUUAAGGGCCCAACCCUUAAAACCGCCGGCUAUAUUUGACAGUUGUUAAAAAUGGCUUGCGGCGGAUCUCGGCAACGCUCGUGAGUGUUUAUAUGGAGAAAUUUCCAUCCCGGAAAGCGAGAUCUCGCCUCUUUCAAGCGAGAUCUCGGCAACCGGGCCAGCCCGCUUGUCCAUAUAAACGCACGAUAAUUUUUACUAUAAAAAUAACUAUACACAGCGAGAUCUUGCUUACCGGGCUGUCUCGCUUAGCGGGCCAGCUCGGCUUCCAAAUAAAUUUAGGAUUUUUAGUUGCAUAUGUUUGUCAGUAUAAAGUCUUGAUGUAUUAUCUACAAAAUACAUAAUAUGCAUGGUUUCUUUUUUAUCUUGUGUAUCAGUACUUAUAAGGUGCCUUUGUGUCGAAAUUCGUCCCUGCCCACCAUUGAAUUGAAUCAAUCAACACAUUUUUAAAAUUGUCUAACAUGCAUGCUUGCUUGUUUGAAAUGGUUUAUCAUGCUAAUAUUAAAGACGUAUAAACCAUUGUUAAUCUUUGUUAUCAAAUGCCUGAUAGUAGCUCUGAAAUAGAGUUACUAUUAGCUAUGUAAUUUAAUUUCGUGCAGUGAUUGACUCGAUAACUAAAUUGGUUUGAGCGUUACUUAAUACUUAGCCCUGUUCAGAAACUUCGUUGAAUAGUCAGGUAAGGUUGAAAUCUGACCAACCUUUAUAUAUGUUGACAAUAUACGCUUGGCGAGAAAUGAGGAAUGGAGGAGUGUAUCCGCGUAUAUAUGAGUUUGCUAAUAUGACGGCAGAAAACACGAAAAUAGGCAAAACGUUAAGACCAAAAACGUCAAGAACGACAAAUAGAAAGGAGUAAUGUAUUCGCUGGGCCAAUGAGAUUGUCAUAUGCCGGUAAUGCCGCUUCAUGUAACGUUCUCUGAUAUUUAAAAUGCGAAGAGAUGAUUCCAGUCGGUGAUCGGAAAAAAUGGCACCGAAAAAAAUGGUGCCGGAAAAAGUGGCACCGGAAAAAAUGACUGGGGCGGAACCUAUAUAUGGUGCCACCAUUGAACUAUAAAUAAACUGGAAGGCUAACGCAGGGGGGGGGGUGAAUUGAAGCCAGUGCAUUAGAGUUAUGAGCAGAAAUACUCAACACUGAACGUUGGGCUAUAUAUCAAAUUGAAGCUAUUGAAAAACGCUAUUUGGUGUAGAAAUUUCAAGACUUUAGCUAAAAGGGAAAUAUUGAAAAACUACAAAAAUAAUUGCCGAUAAUUUGCCAUUUUGCAGUUGUUUUUGUAUUUUUUUAAUAUUUUUCUUUUCGCUGAAGUCUUGAAAUUUCCACACAGAAUAGCAAUUUUCAAUAGCUUCAAUUUGAUAUAUAGCCCAACGUUUGGGGUCAAGUAUUUCUGCUCAUAACUCAGAAAAACUAUUUUGGCUCCAGCAAAUCAUAGGCCUUCAUCCAUAGAUAUCUUAUAUAAACUAGAUAGCGCAUCUCUUUUAGUAAAAUUGAAGCCAAAAAUAUCCCAGCGGUUAUCCCCAUUUGAAUAGAUGGCGGCCAUGUUGGAUCUUCCCACUCGCUAAUAAACGCUUAAAAAAUAACAAUAACUUUCAUCAUUUGAAUAGUUUGAAAAUGUAUUUAUAAUAGGAUUAACUUAAUGUUUAAGUUCCCUGUUUAAGAAAUAGGAUACAUACGAAUCUUCUCAUUUCAUGGGAAGAUCCUGAGCCUGCAAUCACGGCUUCAAUUUUUGAAUUGCAGAAUAAUUAGAUGCGCUAUCUAGUGUAUAUAAGAUAUCUAUGCCUUCAUCAUGGCAGUUUAUUUGAUAGUUCAAUGGGUGCGCCCCAGACAUUUUUUCCGGUGCACGUGCCAUUCUUUCCGGAGCCAUUUUUUCCGGUGCCAUUUUUUCCUCAUAUAGCAUCCAUCACAUGUUUCUCGCAAUAUUUUGGAACUAUAUGUUUUAUAUCGUUUAUAUAACAGAUUGAAAUGAAUGGUUAACUUACUUCGAGUGUUGGAUUUUCAGACUUAACCAUAUAAUGCUGCAUGGAAUUGUUAAAAUUAAGAUUCUCAAUUUUCGCAACAUGAAAGAGAAGUCGGGUGUUUCUCCUCUAACAGGUAGUAAAAGCAGCAACUGGUCACUCCGCCUCUCUUAAUGAUUUUAAGAUUAUUUCUUGUUGCUCUUCUCCAGACGAACUCCUCAUUCGAGAAAGUCUUCUCAUUAACAAACUCAAACCCUCUCUCAACUUACAGGGCAGCUCGGUCCCUCUACUUCUACUCUGAUCCAUUCCUCUUUCUAUUUUUGUAAUAUAAUAUCUUGUAAAUAGUUGUAAUUUAUUCAUAUUUCUGUGUUUUCCGCUUUGUAUGUCAUUGCUCUGAAGAUGUCUUAAGUUAAAGACGAAACGUUAGCUUUUAAAUAAAUAUUUAAAAUUAUAUUUUUGUUAUGGCUCUUUUACGUGUUUUAUGCUGGGCAUUAAUAUUUAUCCUAAGAAAGAGAAGUCUUUCUUCAAUUCUGGGAAUUGAAGUUACUAAUCCCAUUUCGUUUACUUAAUUAAAGCCAGAAGUCACGUAAAUUAUAACACGUUGACGAAAGACUCGUAGGAAUGCCUGGAAAAUGUUAUGGUCAUUGACAUAAUAACAUUAUUGAUAUAAUAUUUGCAUGCAAAGAUGACGAUCGAAGCUUACGGUUGAAAGCUUUCCCAACGUAAUAAACAAACGUUUCUACAAAACAAAUUAAUUUUUAUCCCAUCGAGAAGGCUUCUUAUAUAUAGAUUACGUUUGAUUACGUUUACACAUGCAUGCAGAGACCGAACGAAUUCGAAAUCGUACACAAUUUUGUCAGGAUCCAUUCAGUACACACGGGAAUUCGUACGGUUAUAGCUGUGCUUGCCUUGAAUUCGUCUGGUUUCUUUAUACAGAAAGCUUCGGAUUGAUAGGGAUACUACUACCAGUGAAAAAUACAAGGAGAACUGACAACUCUGUCGACGUUUCGAGCCGGCGAAGGCCCUUCGUCGCGUGGGAAACUAUUAGUAGCCAUGCAAACGUCGAAGUUCUCCUUGUAUUUUUCAUGUAUUUUUAUCCCUAUAUAUACAUCAAUCCGAAGAAUUCUGGGGCCGGUUGUUCGAAGCCCGUUUAGCAGCCUUAAACGGUGGAUAAGUCGAAAAUAUUGAUCAAGUUUGUAUACAUUCAUCAAGUAACCAAACUAAAAUAUUUCAACUUGAGCAGAACAAUUAUGUUUGCAACUAUAUGUUUAGUGCAUGAGAUUUAAGUUCAGUCAUUUAUAAAAUGUGUGAAUCUGUUAGUUACUUUUGACUUAUCCACGUUUAAGCUAAUGCUUCGAACAACUGACCCCUGGUUUAUUUAGUCUAUUUGUAUAUAUAUUUAUAUAUUUACAAAAUUCGCCACACACAAAUAAAAAAAUUAAAUAAAAAAUAAUAAUUAUAUAGAAGACAGUAGUGCCAAAACGACACACAAAACAUGCAAUAUAUGGAUAUGCAGGGAUUAAUUACGUAUCCAUCCAUUCUCGUGUGAACAGGUACCUAAUUCUGGCUGAAUCAUGAAUGUCAAGAUCCCCCUUCACUCUUCCCUAUCGAUAUCAAAUAUGUUUAUAUACUGAUAUGAGCCAGAUUUAUGCGUAAUAUUGGACAAAUUGAACUUCCUCCAAACCAUACUUCAUAGCUGCUUUCGUUAUAGACCCAUAGACCUAUACAAGGAUCGAAUCGGGUUCGAACGUAGGCUACCGCAAGAAGGGCGGGGAAGUUAGGCGUCAAUAUUUAAUAUAACGUUAACUCUUAUUUAACUGUCAUUUGAUGAUAGACAGCGUGCGUCAUAUGAUAACAAUUUAUUUUUGUUUGUCUCGUACAGAACUCACAUCGACCGGCAUCUUGUAUCAAACAACUACAUAACUCGCCCAACAUGGAGAGAAGACGACGACAGAGUGCUUGGGGUCGAGCUCAUUCCCUCAAUCACGAAAUGAAUAAAGCACCAAGUAAACGGCGCAUGAGCGAAGUAAGUUUGAAGUUUUGAUUUGAUUCACAUGCGGGCAUGCUAUCAAAUUAUGAAUUUAUGAUCGAUUAUCUGAUUGAGGUUUCUCCAAUCCCAAUAUUCUGUAGAACUGCCUCGAUUUUUAAAAAUAUCUUCUAUUUUUGUCAUGAGAUAGUCCAAUUCAUAAAAAUUAAAGUUGUCCUGGAUACAUAGAUUGGGAUUUAUAUUAAAAGAUGAAACAUUUCAAUACAUCGCUAAUUCAAUGGGGGUCGUAUCACUCGUAUGCUUGAAAAUUGAAUUAGUUUAUCACAUUCUUCAUCUCAUAUGUCUGGCAAAGUAUACCAAAAACGACGUCUUUUCUAGCAAAAAGCCUUUCACCAGAAGUGUUCGUAUCUAAAUUAGAUAUAAAAUAGAUAUAAAUUAUGUUUGUUUGAGCGCAGUGUUUGUGUUUUUUGCUUUUCCGAAGCAAAACGUGACUUAUACUUGUGAAAGUAUUUGUUGAGUAAAAUCCUUGUCAUGCCAUAUGGCUUCUCUCUUUCGAAAUGACGUAAACUGGAUGGAACGCCAAAUCUAGAAAUGUCGUUGCACGUUGCAUCGACGAUAUUUCUUGUGAGUCGUGAUCAUUGAAAUGGUCGUGACGUUGCUUGCUAGUCAAACAGGGAUAGAUUUUGGGCAUCCAUAUAUACUCCCAUAUUCUAAAAGCUCACUCACACUCAUACUCAAUGAGUGGAGGUUCAAUCUGAGCCUCUCUCGAGUGUCAUUGCUGUUUUUGAAUAGCUGGAGGGCUAGUGUCGUACCUUACUAUGUGAUUACUCACCCUCCAGCUAUUCAAAAACAGCAUUGACACUCGAGAGAAGCUCAGAUUGAACCUCCACUCAUUGAGUGUGAGUGAGCUUUUAGAAUACGGGCGAUAGACUCGAUACAACUAAUAGUUGUAGAAAGGCUUUGUAGAUGGAAAUUUCGAGUCUGGAUUUUAUACAUUUAUUAGACCAAACCAUGCAGGAACAUCACAAGCAUCUUAUUCGCCUGAGUACAUUGCACCAACACAGAAAAUAUCAUUAUUACUAGAUUACAUUGAUAUCGAAGGAACUAGAUUCUGUUCCGAAAUAUCACACACUCGAACCGAGCAGACCACGUAGCUCAGUUGGCAGAGCAUUGGGCUAGCAUUCCAAAGGUCGUAGGUUCGAUUCCCACCGUGGUCAGGCAUAUUUUUCAAGUUUGCCCGGUGUGGAUAUACACUCAGAGUAACAUCACAAGCAUCAUGCAGGAACAGUUGCAAAAAUGCAACUAUUAGACCCUCUGGCAGGAAUCGAAUCUGCGGAAUAUUUUACAUAUAAUAUACCGUGGUCUUGAUCACAGUACACAGUGAUGUUGAGGGUCGAGAAGGGGCAAAAUGGGAACUGCAUGGGAUUUGCCUAUUUGCUCACUAGGAAAAUGAGAUUUAGACCAGCAAUUAUGUUGCUGCUGAGAUAUUGGAUCUGGCAAUCAGUGGGACAAAAUUAUGGCUGGAAAAAUGGGAUUAGAGCCCCCCUUUCACGACCCCCAAUGUUGUAUCGAGUUGACAACUGUUUCAUCAAUCAUCAUCACCAUUUGGAAAGCAUAUUAUAGUGCGUUCCUUUGGGCUUGCAACACACGGCGUAGGAAAUAUUAUACAUUGCGUUUUCAUACAAAUUUUCCAGACGUGUUUUUUCAGAUAAUAUUUACUCAAAUCCUUCUCGAACCGCGAUCUAUAGUGUUUCCAAGCUGUGAACAAACAAGGCAAAAAGUGGACAAACAGGAAAAGAAAAAGUAUUUGGAAGCAAAUAUGUCUCUUCACUUUUGAUUUUGGCACACAGCUACAAUGUUGAUACUUAUUCAGAACAAACGAAACUCUGCCCGCCUUGCAUGAAUGACUAUAUAUUCACUCCAUAUUCAGUCUAAAUCUUGAAAAUACUAGUAAGUUCUACUAAGCUUUAUUUAAAUCCAUUCUAAAUCCAACACACUUACAAUCAACUGAAUCCAUCGUUCUGCAUGUAAAUCCAAUCUAUCGAUCGUCUGGUCUGGUCUUUUGUCUUGUGCUAUUCUUAGGUCACUUAAUCCCAGAAUAAGACAAGUUUCGAGAUCGUUUAGUUCGCCUCCUACAAAGAGCUUAGCUGAACUUUGUUUCACUUUCAACUUUGACAAAUUCCACACAUUCUAGGCUAAAUUGUAAACUAAUAUUUACACUUGGAUUGAGAUAAGUAAAUAUGAUAUUGAACCGUAUAAUUUGAAGAAGCAUGGUUGGCAUGCAAAUGCGGUUGCCCCUCAGUAUCGCUGAGUUAAGUUAAGGUUCUCUUUUUCACUCAUCGCAAAAACCAACUCACAAGCUCGCUUGUGAAUGCUUGUACUAAUUAAACAAAACUGUCCCGCAUUGUGAUUGGAUGAAAAGUACUCACAGUGAUCUUAUGAGUUCGCUCUUGUCACAGAAUAGAGAUCAUAUCACAGAGGAAGUACAUACAGAGGUCUCACUUCAGGUUAAUUUAGCGUAAGGGAUUUUUUCAGUCCGCCAUGUUCUUAGCUAGUCCGGUAAAGAGGCCAUCACCACAGAUGAUAGAUAAUACCAGAUGAAUCUCUCAGCCAAAAUUAUGUCCGCGAUUUUUUAUGAACACGCUUUGGCCGCCAUUUUGGCAGUAAGUGUAAUUCACGCAUUUUGGCAGUAAGCGCCAUUUUGGCAGUAAGUGUCGCACGCGCGAAAAUCGCGGACACGAAAAUCAUAGGGAUGGAUACACAGUGAGAUAUCUGGUAUAAUCUAUAAUCUAUGCCAUCACCCCCCUGAAAACAUAUUGAAAUUCAGUGUUCCAGGAGGGUAAAAGCGUAACCGCCGCCAAGCCAUGAUUCGCAAUGAUUCGUCAUCAAAUUGCAGUCACCAUUGUCGUCAUAGUCCUAGCCAGUGCGGUUGUGAGAGGCAUUCACCCCCGUGAACGUCCGCCAUUUUGAACAUUUUCAGGGGGUGAAUACCUCUUACAAGCGCACUGGCUAGGAACAUGGAGACAUCAUUGCAACGCUUCAAAAUCAAAGAUAGGCAAAACCAAGAAGUCGGCCUGCUGUAAGGUCUCUAUUCUGUGCUCUUUUGAUGAAUGGAAAAGGCCGGACUCGGGUGAAUUAGGCAACCACACCCUAUGUAAUCAGCACUAUAACUUUCAAGAAAUUGAGUCAACUCCACAAGUCAUGUGUUAUUCUGUUCUUUGAAUAACACUUUUGGAGAAUAACAAAUUUAUAGUGAAAUUAUUAUUGAAAAAGUAUACACCUUGGACUUUGAAGUUUUUGUGGACCCGUAUAUGUCAACAUGCACCCCAGCGUUUUUAUUGUAUAUCAUAUUUGAACAAAUGUUUGCCUAUAAACCGUUUAUUAUAAUGAACUCUUAAAAUUCCAUUCAGCCAUUUUAUUAUAACAAAAUAAUCCUUGAGCAAAUAACUCCGAAUUGGUUAAGUAAUAGACUAGCAUUAAAACGUUUAAUCAACCACCUUGAAAUAAUUUUGCCGGUUGGAAAAAUAGCUGUUUGUUCUGGGGUAUUCAUUUUCCCAUCAUUGUUACAAGUGUGAACUAUACGCGUGUUUGGUGAACCGAAGCGAUUCAUGCUAAGCUAUCGCGAUUGUUUAUCUCGAAUCUGUUGUAAAUAAAAGGUAUUUUGCUUUUCAUCUAGUGUUUUAAAAAGUCAGCGUUAAUGGAAGUAUAGUUUUGCAUACGUUUGUGUAUAGUUACUUUAUUUGAAACGUGAUUAUAUAAAAACCUGCUAUAUUUUUAAUGGUCACUGUUUUUUUUGCGGACAACUUGUAAACAGCCCAUGGCCAUGCAGAUAAAUAAGUGAUAAAUUCCAAUUCGAAUGGUGUAUUUCAACUGGAAUUAAGUCGUUUUCAAUCGUUUGAUAUGUAAAUACAAAGCCACAAGGGUAUAAAACUGCUCAUAUUUGACAUUUUUAAACGAAACUUUAAUAUUUCUUAACAGGCGUAUUACUUCGGUUUCAAUUGCUUUGAAGCAAUUAACCGCCCAUGAGGUCUAAAAGUGACAAUAGGUUCGGUUGUAAGCAAUUUAACAUGCAAAUUUACCUAUCUUCAGUUCGGUGCUAGAAUUCACUGUCAAUGCCCUUUGAACUGUAUAUGUGGGUAAAAUGAGUGAGGAUUCGGGUAGUUUUUCGUUUACUGUCUUCGAAGAGUUGUCAAAGACUGGUCUAUGGAGGCGAGAUUCGAUGUUCGAAGAGGUAAAACUGUGCUAUUUACGAAAUAGUUAGUUUUCAUUGAGUUCUUUGGUAGUUAAGUAGAUCAAUUUUGGUGUUUCGCGUGAGGCCUGCCCGUGUUUGUUAGCAUGCCGAUUGGAAUGGCCAAGUUUAAUAUAGAUUUUUGUCGAUACAAUACAGUGCCGUUAUAUAUAUAUUUGAUUCAAGUCGUAUGUAUAAAGACUGAUUCAUAUACAACACACAAAAUUAAGAUAAUUUCAUAUUAAUAGCUGCCAUACAAGAUUUAGAUUAUGGGGCUAAUUUUUUAGUUAAACCAACAGGAAUUGGGAUAUUUUCUUGUUACAUUUGUGCGCGACUUGACAUUUUAUAUAUUAAAAUAAUGACUUAUAGAUCUAUAUAUUGGAAUUAGCGAGGUAAUUAGUACCCUGGUUGCCAGAAGUUCUCGUAUCUUCCGCCCUAUUCUCGUUUGUAUUUGUUUCACGCGAGGAAUUAGAACACUCAUUAGAAUAUAGUUACAAUCACAUUGAAUACUGAACUGACAACCAAACUUUUUAAACAUUCUUUCGUGUGAUUUUACAACUUAUAUAUAUAGCUUUAAUUGCACUCAAAUUAAAAUUCUAAUCAUAAUUCAAGUUUAUUAUGACUUUAUGUACUAUAUAGAGCUCAUUCAAUUAUACUAUACGGAAAAUAGUCGAAUAUUAAAACGAAACCCAUAUUGGAAUUAGAAUUUAAACUCAUAUAUAUUUGUGAAAAUUUUAGUUCGUAAAUUUAGUUUGUCACACGUAUACGUGAUCAAAGUUUCGUGGUUCGUAUAUCAUGACGUCAUCUUGCGUCACAAACUUAUUACGAGAAGAUUUUAGUUUAGAUAGAAUUUUAAACACUAAGUUGCUUUCUAUCUUAAAUAAAUUCAAACUUUCUGCUAUAUUCUAUAGUAUUGGUGGGUUUUAGUGAGCGUAACAGAGCAGCAGAUGCUGGUCAAUUUCAGACUAAUAUUGACACUUUGUAGAAGCAAGCUGGCAGUUUAAAUUCCAUCUCCCAAUUUUAUUUCCCUCCAAAUGCAAGUCUAGUACGUAUAAUGACAAGAAUUACCAUUAUUUUCUCACUCUGAUAACUGCAGGAUGACUACCAUCUUACUGCAUGAUAUUAUAGGUGCUUGGUGAUUUGAAUUCAUUUCACGUGCGCACGAGACAACAGUUAUUCGUUCCCUGUAGUGUUAUAGAAAUAUAUAUAGUUGAAGAUAUUUUUAGAUCACAGUGGAUGGUUUGAAACUAUAGAAAUUAAGCCCUCUAUAUAGGGUCAGCUAGAAAGACCUGUGCAUGUACCUCUAUAGCGGAAGUCGAUUUCAGCCCCCGCAAUGAAAUCUGAUUGGCUCGGCAACGACUUGCGAACACUGAUACUAGUGAUAGAUCAGUGCUUGCGAAUUUUCGCUAAAAAUAGUCGUUUGGGACAUCGGAUAAUUGUCUUUUUGCGUUUGGCGUCGUUACAAAAAAAGGUCUAUAAUCUAAUCUUGACUACAUUCUAAUGAAGCGAAAAUUUCUUCGGAUGUUUUCCGAUGAUUUUCUCAAUGUUUUUGAAUGUUGUGCAUAAAAUUAUUAAAAGACACUACUGCCUUGGUUGUUUAAAGAUUUUCUGAAAUUUAACGUUUUUCAAACUUUGUAGAAAGAUGUAAGAUGUUUUGCCAAUACUGAUUAAAUCAGACAAUUAGACUUUCACGGCAUUAAUCACGAAUUUCAAAUGAAGUUUAUUUUAUAUCAAAAUUAAUUUGUCUUUUCCUGCAAUUUCAUUUGAACUUCCGCACCACUUAAUUCCUUUUUGAGAUAGCAACUUUUAGUUUAUAAUGAGACUUAAUUGGGUUUUUUCUUCAAAUUGAUUUGACCUCUGUGCAUGGCUUGACAGCACAUUGUUUGCGAUAAUAACUCCAUUCUGUAGUUUAUAGUUUAUAGUAAGACUAAAAUUGUUUUUGCUUCAAUUGUGUAGGUUUGAAUUUGUGUCAGAACAUAUUAUAGUGUGUUUCUUUUGGUUUAAAAUACUUCAUUGUUUUGUUUCUUUUUCAAUUUCAGCUUCCAGCGCUGUCAGCUUUGGCAACUCGCAGACGAAGUGUACCACACACACUAUCACUACCCCUCGGCUUACGACGCAGGACGUCAAGAGCUGGGAGCUCCUCAGGUAUGAUUACCUUAUUUUUGCUGCCACUUGACACGCCAUAACAGUAGUGCCGUAAAUGGUCUGGGCCGGUUGUUCAAAGCUGGGUUAGUUUAACCCCAUGGUUAACCUAAAAUUCGAAGCAAACGUCCCGACAGCUUUUCUAUAAAUUUGGAAAUAUUUCUUCAGAGAUCUUGUCUGGAUCGAUAGGAGUUUACUUCUCUGAAGUUUUGAAAUACACAGAUGUGUAGAAGUACACAAACUAAAACAGCAGGUUUAAUUUUAACCCAGGGUUAGCAUUAACCCACCUUUGAACAACCGGCCCCUGGUCUUCCAAGAUCGAAAUUUACGCUACUCCGUUAUUCCGCUUAUUGCACUGAAAAAAAAUAUAAUGAAAUCCAUACUACGAAAUUUACAAUUGCACCACUAAAUCCAUAGUAUAUCCAUACUAUUUCCAUACUAUAUCCAUACCAUGGAAAUUGCAAUUAGUAGUAAGGAUAUUUUUAAAAAAUUCCAGUAUAUAUAGUAGAAUGUCUGACCACAGGUCAGACGGAAUAAUAAACUUCAUGAUCUCAGUUCCGUUUCUAUACAGCCAAUUCAAAAAAGGUUGUCCUUUGCAAACCUUAAACACUAAACCUUAAAUUCUAAGCGCGCCAAGCUUAAUGGGAGCACAAAUUUCAAGCUUAGUAGUUAAAUAUUGCAGCUAUUUGUGAAUGAAUUGUUCUCGUAAGGAGGUAUUUACAAUGUCUCUAAGAAAUGGGCCCCAUAUAUGAUUUCUAAACUGAUUAAAUGAUGCUCCCAUUAUGCUUUGCACGCUUAGAGUUUAAGGGUUGCAAAGGACAACCUUUCUUGAAUUAGCUGUAUACAGUAGAAAAAAUUGCGGUUGCUAUCAACAUCGACAUUUUUGGUUUUCAGUUAUGAUGAGGUGAACUUCCUUGUUUACAACAGUGAACUUCCUUGUUUACAAAGUUAUCUAGUCUGCAUUUGCUCGAGAUCUGAUAAUUCCAAUUUCACGUGCCUAAAUUUAGCCCACCAUGUGUGGGUUUAGCGAUCCAAAUCUAUUAUAGACAGCGAGAUAACAUAUUUUUUAAAGUCAGCAACACAAUGGAGAAAAAGUAAAGUUUCUGUUAUCUCCAAUACGUUUUGCAUUGAUAUAAAAAUUUGUCGGAACCGAACAACUAGACACACCGAAGCAUUGCAAAAUAAAGAAUAGUGGCCUAAAUGGGUUUAUUUUUAUGCCGAGAGAUUAUUAAUUAAUUGCAUGCAGUGAAAAAUAAAAAAAAAAUUAAUAGAAUAUGAAAAGUAUAAAGGAAAAUACGAAAAUUCAAACGACAGCUGUAUUUUGACAGCAGCAUCCUUUUUGUUAUCAUUCAUUUUCUCGACAUGCCGGAAGUAGACUGCGAGAAGUCCUGGGAACGAGGAUGACUUGAAUUCACAAUACCAGCUCUCGUAUCCAGACUCUCUGACACAGAUUGAUGAGUAUUCUAUAUUUAUCUGUGACGCUAAAAAUAUCACUUCGUAUGACAUAAUGAAGAACUCUGGAGCCGCGAUGUUUGACUUGCUUGCCGGUUAAUUGAAAAAUCGACAGGGCGCCAGUUAUAUUUAAAUUCAUCAUAUUUCAAUGAGUUUAAAAGUUAUCUCAAACGUGGGUGUCCAUUGUAGAUACUAGUGUUCUAUGCAAUAACCUGCCGUGGUUUAUACAUGUCCGAACUACUUGAAGAAGAUUAAGACUAUUUUAAGUCUCCGAGCGAAGACGGAGGAUUGGUCACGAGGUUAACACGCUCUUCAUUUGAAACCCAAGUGUUUUAUUAAAAUAAUCUUUUUCAGGUAGUUCAGUCACCACGGCAGCUUUUCAAAUUCACAAGUUGAAUGUCGCGAUAUAGUCGACAGCUAUAGUGCGCGGAAAGUAAUUUAGCCAUACACAUUGCUGUUUUUGCAUCCAAAUUGUAAAACCAAAUUUAAAAUAACCGAUAAUUGCGAAUAGCCUUUUCUUUUCAUGUCACCGCGUUUCGUAAUUGAGUAUGGCCUAUUAGCAAUUUUUCUGCCUGUUUAUAUUACUCUAUAUUAGUUUUCGACUAUACCGUGACGCAAAUUGAAUAAUAUGCCAAAAUUUUUGCCAAGUUUUGGUCUACAUUCAGUCAACUAGUUCUUGUAUGGUUCGAAUUACCUUAAAUAUAUUCUGAGGCAAUAUUUAGCGUCUUACAGCGGGACAUCGAGCCUCAUUAUCACAUUGCUCAUUAAAUUUAAGGAUUUAAUUUAAAGUCGUCUUGUAGUGUUGCUAUAUGCCUGCACUGGCUACAAUAUACACUCGACAGGUACAGUGUAACAUAAUUUUAACUGUGUCUUCUACAGAUCACCAAAACUUAAACAGUUCAUGUCUGAAGGCAAAGAACGAAAUGCUAGCUACAUUGUCGCUUUCUACAUGGUCAGAAAAUGUUUCAUUAAAACACAACGAACUCUCUCGUCGAAAGAGUUGCCAUACGGGAUUUGGAAUUAUGGCUUUAAAAAAGAAAGAAGGUAUGUAACAACUAACUUUAUUUUUACUAGAUAGAUUUAUCUGUUUUAAACUGUUCUCCCUAGCGGCCCAGUAAGAGCCGUCUCAUAUUGGUCUAGUGUUACUGCAGAAGGAAACCUAAACUAAACUAACUUUAUUUUCACUAGAUAGCUUUAUCUGUUCUAAACUGUUUUCCCUAGCGGUCCAGUAAGAGUCAUCUCUUAUUGGUCUAGUGUUACUACAGGAGGAAACCUAAACUAAACUAACUUUAUUUUCACUAGAUAGCUUUAUCUGUUCUAAACUGUUCUCCCUAGUGGUCCAGUAAGAGUCAUCUCUUAUUGGUCUAGUGUUACUACAGGAGGAAACCUAAACUAAACUAACUUUAUUUUCACUAGAUAGCUUUAUCUGUUCUAAACUGUUUUCCCUAGUGGUCCAGUAAGAGUCAUCUCUUAUUGGUCUAGUGUUACUACAGGAGGAAACCUAAACUAAACUAACUUUAUUUUCACUAGAUAGCUUUAUCUGUUCUGAACUAUUCUCCCUUGCGGUCGAGUAAGAGCUAUCUCUUAUUCAUAAACUUGCAAAGUUUGGUAAAAUCUUGACUGGAAGCACUCCUCUCCUCACAUGCGAUUGAGGUGAAAAUAAUUUUUGACUGUUUUUUUUUUAGAAAAAAGAUUAAUGGUGGCACACGAAAUCCUACAGACUGAAAAGAAUUACAUUAAGGCGCUGGAAACAUUACAUGAGGUGACGUAACAUUUUAUCUCUUGUUAUUUUACUGUCGUAUGUGGCCCUCAGCAGAUAAUGCUUCAAAGACUAUUAAUACAUCUCUCAAAUUUAUUUAUAUUUGCCACUAAAUGCUCUUAUAUAUUCUCUAUUUUAGGUGUUUACAGAACCAUUAAAGAAUGCCUGUGUUAUUCCAGAAAAAGACAUUAGAACGAUGUUUCCAAAGCAGUUACUUGCAAUGAAAAACGGGCAUGAAAAAUUUAUGAAUGAAUUAGAUGAAAGAUUAAAUAACUGGAAAUGGCAAGGAGUUUUAGGAGAUAUCUUUGCUAAGCUUGGAAAUUCGUAUCAUGUAAGUGGAAGCUUGUUUGGUGAUGACGGAUAAGUUUGUUUGUUUGUUUGUUUGUUUGUUUGUUUGUUUGUUUGUUUGUUUGUUUGUUUGUUUGUUUGUUUGUUUGUUUGUUUGUUUGUUUGUUUGUUUGCUACUUUAUUUUGUUCUGUUUGCAUUUUCAUUCAAUUGCUUAAUAUUUUUUCUUUCUUUUCAAGGUUGAUUUCAUGACUUUGUACUCGGAAUAUGUAAACAAUUUUCCCAAGUCCAUCGCAGUUAUAAACAAGUACACAAGAAACUCGCACAAGUUUAAAAGAUUUCUUGAGGUAUGCUAAAAGCAACACUUGAUGUUAUCAAUCCCUUCAUAGCCCAUAAGCUAAUGUUUGCAAUGUUAUUCUUUUAUAGAAAUGCAGUAACGACCCAAGAUGCGAACGUCUGAAUAUCUCGGCUUUUCUUCUUACUCCAAUCCAACGUUUGCCAAGAUACGUUCUCUUACUGCGGGUGAGUUUGGACUAUUUUCAUUUCUAUUUGCAAACCAGCUAUGGAUGUUUGUAGAAUAGUGGUUACUGCAUGUACGUUUCAUCUCUGUGACUAGCAUUCAUUUCCUGCAAUAUGUAGAAAAAAACUAUAACAAAUGUUUAAUCUUCCUUGUAGCAACUUGCCAAAUACACUGACCCUAACCAUCCAGAUAGUUUUCAUAUUGAGAUCUCCCUGGAAAAGAUGAUCGACAUUAUCAACAUCUUGAACAGUUCCAUACAGAACUCGACCAGAGUUGCGAGAAAUACAAGUACCAGACGCUCUUCGCGAAAAAGGUAAAAUUAGUUUUCAGUUGAUUUCUAUUUUUACUGUCCACCCAUUUCUCCACUUUUCUGUUUAGUUCAUGUUUUAAUUUAAUUCAUUCUGUUCUUAUUCAAGGAGAAAAAGACAUAUUUUUAAACCAAAGGAAUCUGUGAAUUCAAAUUUGACUAGCCCAAGGUAAAUAUCCCAGAGAACAUGUCAGGAUUGUUGGUGGCACAGUGUAACGUUAGUGCAUGCGCUUUCUACCUCUGUGGCCGAAUUUCGAUUCCUGCAGUAUACAGUUGUCUAAUUAUGAUUUCGCCUCAUUCACACGUGAGAAGAGUGCUUGUAGUUUGACUUGACCAAACCCUGCUUGGUGUCUCGCGGUGUUCUCGUUUCCUCCUAAGGAAAGGCCCUUAAGGCCGUUUUCCACUAGACGGAAUUUUGCGCGCGGAGCGGAAUUUUUCUUUGUCGUGUGAUUUCUCGGGUGGAACUAAUUAGAAAAGACAAAGAAAAAUUCCGCUCCGCGCGGAAAAUUCCGCCAAGUGGAAAACGGCCUUUAAGCCGGUUUUCCACUAGUGAAUUUUUUCGCGCGAGGCGACCUUUUUCCUUUGUCGGCAUCCAUUUUGCCACGUCUUGCUGAGGUAAUAAGUGAUACCGACAAAGGAAAAAGGUCGCUAGUGGAAAACCGGUUUUACAGACUGGACCUCUAGGAGAACAGUUUGGAACUGAUAGAGCUUAUCCAGUAUAAAUAUAGUUUGGUGUAGUUUUUAAAAUUCUUUUCUAUUUUAUUCCUUUAGGAAAUCUUCAGAUGACUCGGAAUGGUCCGAGGCCUCCGCUCCAUCUACUCCGCAUGCGCACGAUUUACCGCUGUCCACAGACACUACUUCACCAACCGCUGAACAGAAAUCGUCAGAUUACGGCUCACUCACAAAUAGUGAAACACCACCAGAACCAAGAUCACCUUCACCAUCAAGGUAAAUAUCAUACACCAGAAGGAGUUUCUUACCACAGCUACUCGUAAUGGGUUGGAGUCUUAAGAUGGUUAUAGUUCUGUUUUUAAGCAAUAUAUUAUACACACAAAGGGGUUUAUUAUAAAGAUUUUAAACACUGGAAAGUGUGACUUAAAUUUCAGUUUUAACACGUUCUACCACUUAAUGAGAAUUUGUAUUAAUUCUUUUCCAUUUGUUUUAGUAGUUCUUCGUCAAAAAGUAGUUUCCUGAAAGUAAUUCUGAGAAAUAGUGGCGAGUCAAAGCGAAGUAAACGAAGACCAGUGAGUACAACUGAAGUAGAGAUAAUUCGUAGAAAAGAUUGCUCGCAGACUCUUCCUAAAGAUGCACUAACACGAUCUGUCAGUCGAGACAGCAUUGGAAGGUAAGAGGAUUAAGAAUUAUUUGAUCUUGGCGUGUUCAGAUGGUAGCACAUUUACCGUUAGAUUUACCUGAUAGAACUAUCGACUAUAAGUGUAAACUGACCCUUGAUGUUUCUUCUUUUUAAAGCAUGCUUCGACACAAAUUUGGUAGUUUACGAAGACGACCAAGAUCUAGCGAUGAAAAUUUGGACAAAAAUCCCUCAUUAGAAAGACUAAAUGAUUGUCGUAUGGCUUCAUUCAAAUACCGCCGACCAACAUUCCCUGGGGACGACAGUUUCAACGAAAUUAAUGAAUGUUCGAAAUCAGAUAGCGAUUUCUUGGAGGGGAAAAAACCUGAGGGACUUAACUCCGGCUCUAGCAUGGAAAGUUGUACCGAAUCACGUGAACAUCUUCCAUUGAGACGUGUACAUUCUUCGUUGUCACGUGAACAUUCUCCAUUGUCACGUGAACCUUCUUCAUUGUCACGUGAACAUUCUCCAUUGUCACGUGAACCUUCUUUAUUAUCACGUGAACAAGAUCACAGUGACUCCGAUGAUUCUACGACACAUCACGACAGCCGGCCAACGUCCAAGCUUGAAAGUGAUGUCAUUGAUAAUAACAACGAUGACGAUAAAAGGACAAUGAGCCAACAAACACGAAGUUGUAAAGAUGAUGCAACAGACGCACAGUUGACGCGGAAAAAGUUGGGAAAACGAAACAGUUUUACAAACGCUAUGAAAUAUUUCUUUCUUUCGAAAACAAGGUGAGAACACGUCUCAGUUACACGCAAAACAUUGUUGAAACAAUGGUUGCACAGUGGUGGUGUGUAUGUGGCAUUUACCUCUGUCACCAGGGUUCAGUUCCUGCAAUAUACAGUUGAUGUGAUUAUAAUUUCACAUUCAGUCGCAUGCAGAAGAGUGCUUCCAGUUUGACGGAUACCCGCAGGUUUUUGCCUGCGUGCUUCUUCACUUUCCUUCUGCAGUAACACUGAAGCAAUAAGAGAUGGCCCUUUUUGAUCUCUCAGAAGAACAGUUUAGAACUGAUAGUGGUAUACAGUAUUAACUUAAGUUAACUUACAGUAGUUUAGGUUUCCUCCUAACACUGAACAAUUAAGAGAUAGCCCUUAUCUUAACUCUAAGGGGCUGAUUACAUGGACCGGGCCAGCUCGGCACCAUGUAAUCAGCACCUAAGUAUAAAUAAAGUUAGUUUAGUUUAGAUUUCCUCCUGUAGUAACACUGGAUCAAUAAGAGAUGAUUCUUACUGGACCUCUAGAGAGAAUAAUUUAUAACUGAUUGAUCUAUCGAGUUUAAAUAAAGUUUGUUUAAGUACUUAUUUCUAUAUUAUCUACUUUGUAAUAGAUCCUCAUCUAGCAUUCCUGAAACAGUUUUAGACUGCGUAGGUGUGACGAAGAAUCAAGAUCAUCUGUAUAGCUCGCAAUUCUCCAAAGAGAACAUAUCCACACUGACUACAGUGUAAAUGCAUCAAGAUUGUAAUCAAUCAAUAAAUAUAUGUGUAUUAUUAUUGGAAAUGAUGUUUGUAAAUUAUUGGUAAAUUAUAUAUAACGAUAAAUCAAGGGUUCAUGCAGAAAUGAAUUUAUUCCAUUAUUGUCAAACUUUAUCUAACUUUGUUUAUAUCGUCGGAAGAAGAUUUUUCAUUUGGUUUGAUUGAUAUAUAGUGUGGAAUAGGUUCGUUUCUUUGGCUCUUAAAACUAAUAAUAAUUUAUAAUAUUUUUAAUAACAAAGUAUUUAUUUUCCUAUUUUUUGUGUUGUUUAUUUUGUUCAUAUAAAGCCCAGGGCAAACCAGGUAAACUUGGUUUUCAAACCAUGUUUCUCAAAUGUCGGCACAAAAUUUCUUUCAUGAUAUGGCCAUGUUUCCCGAAGGUGAACAAACUUGCCAUUUUUUGCCAGCCAUGUUUUCCAACAAACUUCCCUAGCCAUGUUUCCCAAAGGUGAUCAAACCAGGGAACAUUGUUUCUACAGCGAAAAAUCAUACUUAGCAAACAAAAUGUAUUGCUGAUUUGUUGGAAAACAUCCAUCAUCAUUGUAUGUAUAAUCUUUAUUAAUAACAAGCUUUCGUUGGGAGGGACGCAACUACCUGAAAAAUAUAAGGAGAAUUUCGAGCGAAGGCCCUUUCGUCUGGAGAAAUUAUCCUUAUACUUUUCAGGUAGUUGCAUUCCUAUCAAUGAAAGCUUGUUCAUAUUAUUGACACUACUUACACUGGCACAGACAGUUCAAAAAUAAAGGAUUAUUGACCGAGCGUGAGAUCUGUACUGUGAAAUAUCAGACCGAGGUUUUUUAGUAUGGACCGAGCGACGAAGGAGCGAGGUCCAUACAAAAAACAGAAGUCUGUUAUUUCACAGUACAGACCGAUCAAGCGAGGUCAAUAAUCGGUUUAUUAUAUGGCUGAACUGAGUCUGUGAGCAUAUGCUUUGCGUGCGAAGUAAAUCGGCUAUCGCAUGCAUGCUCAAUCAAUAACAAUUUGGUUGUUUGAAGUUUUUAUCUGUAAAGCACAAUCGGAAAUUUAAAAAGCAAAAAGUUUUUCUGUUUGCAAAGCAAAAAUUUCCCGCCAUGCAGAUAAAUGACACCUGUCCAGAUACGGAAAAUACGGACCACGGUCCGGAUAUGGGUUUUACGGACCGCUUGCAUGUCAACCAAUCAGAAUAGAGAAUUUUGAAAAGCCAUAUAAUAAUAAUCUUUAUUAACCAAUUUAUGGAAUUACACUCGAGAGCAUACGUGUGAGUUUACAUCAAUAUUUAUGCUUCGUGCAACGCAAGUUGUGUUUUCGCAACAACGUAAUUUCCAAGGCUAGUUUGCCCAGCCACUUAUAAAGAUUGCAAUUAAGCUACUUCACUUCCUAAAUUAAUGGCCAAACAUUUAUGAAAGAAUCCAACCAAUUCAGAAUGAAAGUACUAUGAUUAUUUAAUUAUCAUUGAUUCAUAUUGUAUCAGUUCUAGUUCAACAUAGAGUUCCACUGGGAUCACCAACCCAGGGAUAACAUUUUAAACACUCUUUCAAGCAUGAAAACAAAUAAUGCACAGCCGGUUGACCUCUCUGCACCAGUUUCCUGUCGGCGUCGUAUCCACACACGGUCUGAGUUGAAGCAUCACACUGCAAGGGUGGAGCGGGCUUGUCGCACUUCCACGGCGCGAAGUCUGAAAGGUUGUCGAGAGUUGUCGGAUUCUGAAUCCACUCAAUUGCUUGUGGGAUGUUCACGAUCCAAACAUCUUUCAUUGCGAGAAUUUGUUGGAAAAAUUUGCUGAGAGCUUGAACGACAAAAGUUUAAAAUAAGAAUUGAGAGUAUGGCCCCACACUUAGCAUAAAUCUGCAUAAUAAUAGCUCCAUCCAGUCACGUAAUGUUCCAUUCUCGGUUAGAAAAUAUAUUUAUACUGGAUAGCUCCUUCAGUUCUAAACUGUUCUCCCUAAAGCUCUAAUGAGUGUCACUCAUUUUUGUGUCGUUUGUGCAGAAGGAAACCUAAACCAAACUAACUUUAC